GCUCUCAAGAUGUAAGUGGGGAAAAGGGCAGAUGAUUUCUUCCAAGCGUAAUUUAGUGGGACUCACCACCAUGCAAUACCUAUAUCAAAUCUUUCUCUAUUAUUUAACCCUGAAAUAACUCCAAAAAUAACUCAUUUUCUCCGUAGACAGAGAAGUGCUCCUUCGCAAAAGAAGUGCUUCUGGCGUUACGAAAAUUUUGCCUAAAUCUAAGGGUUUAUAGAGAAGAAUAACCAAAAACAAUGGGUGCCAGUGGUAGGAUGCCUGUCCCCAGCAACAAUAAUGAAGAAAAAGAAAGUCCCCUCCAUCGAGUUCCCUACGAGAAGCCUCCAUUUACUCUCAGUCAGAUCAAGAAAGCUGUUCCUCCCCAUUGUUUUCAGCGCUCCCUCCUUCGUUCAUUCUCAUAUGUUGUUCACGACCUCUGCUUAGCCUCUCUCUUCUACUACAUUGCUACGUCUUAUUUUCACCUUCUUCCAUACACUCUUACCUACAUUGCUUGGCCUAUCUAUUGGUUUCUCCAAGGCUGCAUCCUCACAGGUGUUUGGGUCAUUGCACAUGAGUGUGGUCACCAUGCUUUCAGUGACUACCAACGUGUUGACGACACUGUUGGGCUGAUCCUCCACUCUGCCCUUUUAGUUCCAUACUUCUCAUGGAAAUAUAGUCAUCGCCGCCACCACUCUAACACGGGGUCCAUGGAGCGUGAUGAAGUGUUUGUGCCCAAACCCAAAUCUAGAGUAUCAUGGUAUUCAAAAUCCCUGAACAAUCCACUUGGCCGAGUUCUGUCCUUUGCAGUCACACUGACUCUUGGCUGGCCAUUGUAUUUAGCUUUCAAUGUUUCAGGCCGACACUAUGAUCGAUUUGCUUGCCAUUAUGAUCCCUACAGCCCCAUUUACUGUGAUCGUGAAAGGCUUCAAAUUUACAUCUCCGAUGCUGGUACAUUUGCAGCAACUUAUGUGCUCUAUACAAUUGCUACAGCAAAAGGGUUGGUUUGGCUUUUAUGCAUCUAUGGGAUGCCGUUACUUAUCUUGAAUGGAUUUCUCGUUUUGAUUACAUACUUGCAACAUACUCACCCAGCACUGCCACAUUAUGACUCAUCCGAAUGGGAUUGGCUGCGGGGAGCUCUGUCAACUGUGGAUAGAGAUUACGGGGUGUUGAAUAAAGUCUUUCAUAACAUCACGGAUACACAUGUGGCUCAUCAUCUCUUCUCAACAAUGCCACAUUAUCAUGCAAUGGAGGCCACUAAAGCAAUCAAACCAAUACUGGGCAAGUAUUAUCGAUUUGAUGGAACUCCAAUUUACAAGGCUAUGUGGAGGGAAGCAAAAGAGUGUCUUUACGUCGAGCCUGAUGAGGGUGCUGAUGGCAAAGGUGUUUUCUGGUAUCGCAACAAGUUCUAAUACCGGUCGCUGCCAGCCAGCUGAGGUCAAUGAAAACGUAGUUAGACUACUGUUAACUGGGCAAGUGCGAGUGCUACAUUAAAUAAAAAAUGGUAGAAAAAUGUAGAAAAGUUGCCGACUAGCUUUAUGUUUAAGUUCUGCCUUAAUAAAAGAUGGUAGAAAAAUGUGCAAGUGCUGCAACAAGUAUUGUCGCGCAUGGUAGAAACAUGCUGUGCUUUAAUUAAAC